AUGGAGGCACCAGAAGGAGCUGACUUCUGUUUUCCACUCCUCCUCAACAACUCCUGCAGGAAACCAGUGCCGCCUCAGUCCAACGGCAUGCUCGUUCUACUGUCUUUCAUCUCUCUGCUCACCGCAGCUCUCAACCUGCUGGUCAUCAUCUCUAUCUCCCACUUCAGGCAGCUCCACAGCCCCACCAACCUCCUCAUCCUCUCCCUGGCUCUCUCAGAUUUGCUCGUGGGCCUCCUGCUGAUGCCGGUUGAAAUUCUUUUAACAGAGACUUGCUGGUUCCUGGGUGACCUCAUGUGUGCUCUGUAUUAUGUUGUUGAUUUUAUCAUUACUUCUUCUUCGGUUGGAAAUAUGGUGCUCAUAUCAAUUGAUCGUUAUUUGGCUAUUUGUGACCCUCUACGUUAUAACAAUAGAGUUACUCUGGACAAAACAAAAAUCUGUGUUUGUCUGUGUUGGAUUUACUCUGUUCUCUAUAAUAGUCUCAUUUUGAUGGACUUUCUGAGACAUCCUGAUUCACAUAAUUCCUGUUACGGAGAGUGUGUAGUUGUUCUUAACCAUAUCACAGGCUCUGUUGACUUUUUCUUCACCUUUAUCGGCCCCAUUACUGUCAUCAUAGUUCUAUAUGUGAGAAUAUUUGUGGUGGCUGUGUCUCAGGCUCAAGUCAUGCGGUCCCACAUUGCAGCAGUCACAAAACAAAGUUCAGUGGGUGUAACUGCUAAGAAAUCUGAGAUGAAAGCAGCCAGGACUCUUGGUGUUGUUGUGGUUGUGUUUCUGAUAUGUUUCUGCCCAUAUUACUCUCCAUCCCUUACAGGUGAGGUUAUUGAAGACAGUAGUUCAUCCUCAACGUUUGUAGUGUGGCUGCUGUUUUUCAACUCCUGUCUUAACCCAGUGAUCUAUGCCUUCUUUUACCCCUGGUUUAGAAAAUCUAUUAAACUCAUUGUCACCCUCAAGAUACUGCAGCCGGGCUCUUGUGAUGCUAAAAUACUGUAG